AUGGGGAAAGUAUCGAAUGUAGUAUGGCCUCUGCUGGCCUUUGGCACUGCCACUCAUGCUGUUUUCUUCAAGCCCCAGAAUGAAUUCAAAGCUAUCUCUAGCAUCAACCCUUCUUUUCCGGUGGACUUGAGCCCUUGGUUCAACAAUUGCGCUUUUGGGCUGAAGCCCAAUGAUUCAAGCUUUGAUGGUCAAGGAAAUUCAUACCCCGCGGAGGAAAUUCCUCCCGAGACUUUCUCAUAUGGCGGAGUCCACUAUCGAUUUUCGCCGUACAAUGCAACAGGCUUUGACAAUGUGCUCACGCAGGGGCAGAGAAUCAAUGUAGCGCGGGGGAAAUAUUUCAGUUUCCAGAUGCUUGCUGCAUCGGAGUCCGGAAUGGCGUCUGGUACUGUCCUGGCCACAUACGCAGAUGGCAGCACCACAGCCGCCCAACUACUCACUCCGGCGUGGACGAAUUGGCCCUAUCCUGCUGGGGGCGAUCUCAUAUUCACCUCAUACUUGACAGAGAACAGCACGAACUACAACCGCACUAAUAUAUUUCAGACUACCAACUGGCUGGACUCGUCAAAAGACCUUGUCGCACUGACGUUCCCCAAUAGUACAGAGGGCGCCUCGGCUUCUCCGGGAGGUGCGAGCGUUGAGACCAAACUCCAUAUCUUUGCGUUGUCAAUGCUUCCAGUAUCGUCCCGAGUCAACAAGUCGGUCUACCUACAAACGCAGUACGCUCGAUCCACUCAGAAAUGGAUGGAAGGAACAAACAAGACCCAGAUAGUCGAAGUGCUGGUGAAUAAUGUGGGCUCACUGUUUGCUUUGCGGAACAAUUCUGUGCGGGUGUUGGUUGAAUCCCCUGGGCUUGAGACAGUCCAUGAAGGUGUGAUCAAGCGACUUUCACCGGGUGACCAAGCUAUCGUCGAAAUAGGCGUCCGAAAUCGUAACGGAGUGCCAGACGGGACUUCGGGGCCCGCUACCAUUGCGAUCAAGGGCCAUAACGUGACCGCUGCGAGAUAUACAUUCCAGGCUACGUAUGGAAUCGGUCGCUACGAAGCUACGUACGAGUCAGUGUACAGCCACGAGUCUCCUAACUGGUAUAAUAACGCUAAAUAUGGGAUUUUUAUCCACUGGGGAGUAUACUCUGUUCCCGGAUGGGGAAACGUGGGCUCGAAGGAGAAUUACGCUGAAUGGUACUGGUGGCGGCUGGGCUUGGGGCCAAACGAUCCCACUGAUGUCUAUGGCUAUCAUUUGAAGAAAUACGGACCCAACCUCGUGUAUGAUGAUUUUAUCCAGAACUUCACGGCCGAUGCUUGGGAUCCCAAGGAGUGGGUGGACCUGUUUGCAGAUGCCGGCGCCAAUUAUUUUGUCCAAACGAGCAAACAUCACGAAGGCUUUGCUCUAUUUGAUCUUCCCCAGAAUAUCACGACGAGAACAUCUGUGGCGAUGAGUCCACAUCGCAAUAUAAUUCAGGAGCUGUUUGAUGCCGCGAAGAAGUACCAGCCUGGGCUCCAUCGAGCUGUGUACUACUCUCUUCCCGAGUGGUUCAAUCCUGACUAUCACAAAUACGGAUUUGGCCAAUGGCCUGGAGGAAACGCCACGAAUCCGUUUACCAACCAGACUCUAUCAUACACCGGCUGGGUUCCUCUGAAUGACUAUAUCACAGACAAGAUGGUUCCCGAGAUGAACGCGCUAGCUGAUCUUGGGACUGAGAUCCUGUGGUGUGAUAUUGGCGGACCUAACAGAACCAUUGAGUUUGCCUCGGCUUGGUUCAAUCGAGCUGCAGAAGAGAAUCGCCAGGUCGUGAUGAAUGCCCGCUGUGGACUUCCAGGAGACUUCGAUACACCGGAAUAUGCCCGAUACCCGGCUGUCCAAGCUCGAAAAUGGGAAACCAAUCUGGGAAUGGACCCGUUUAGCUAUGGAUUCAACCGGGCGACACCGCUAGCGAGCUACAUGAAUGCGAGCUCAAUUGUCACUUCGCUCAUCGAUAUCGUUAGUAAAAAUGGGAAUUUCCUGCUGGACGUGGGACCUACAGCCAAUGGAACCAUCUUGGACGUCGAACAGAGGCAUCUCCGCCAAGCCGGCCGAUGGAUCAAAAGCCAUGCGGAGGCCAUCUACAACACCACCUACUGGUUUGUGACACCCGCGGAAGGCGACAGCAUCAGGUUUACAGUCUCUCCAGAGGCCUUCUAUGUCCAUACCCUUACGAGACCCAACCGUACUUUGGCUCUUUCAAGCCCAAUUCCUUGGGUGCCAGGGGACAAUGUCAGGGUCGUGGGAGGAAAAAUGCACGGGGCAGUAGUCCCAAGCAGAAGGACCAAUAAUGGGACCUUGAUCUUGUCAGUCAGCGAGGACAUCGCUUCCGCCGAUCAAAGCAACCAACCGGACCAUGGUAGUGAAAAGCUCAAAGCCCUUGUUAAUCUUCCCCUGCGCCUAGUAGUGGAUAUAGCUUCGAAAGACUCAGCCGAAAAACUCAGCCCAAAAGGGAGCGAUGAUGAUUCGGCAAAUGACGCUUCCAAGCAUAACUAUGGGGGCAAGAACUAG